AUGGAAUCUCCGUCUAGAGUCUGCAAAAAUUUAAAACGCUCUGCCCCCGUGAAGCAUGUGGCGGGUGCAGAAAUGAGGCUUACACCUAAAAAGCAAAAAAAAACGGAUAAUAAAGCGCGCCCAACUGUGGAAGAUAACACCCUCAAGGUUGACCUUGACGCUGAGGAAGAUUUCAUCACAAAGACUGAACAGGUACAUCUUGGCCAUCUCAAAAAGUUAGUCAGAAUCCAAAAACUCUUCGUUCCGAGUAGCGUUGAAGACUGCAAAGACAAGGACUACUCAGUGCUGUUAAAAUCAUACUACAGUAAGGUAGACAAGAAUGGCAACUUGUCCGUGACAUACCGAUUCAAGAACAAUGGUCAGUUUGGACGGCUGUUUGCUAAAGGGAUGGCAUCCCCAUAUUUUCCAUCUACUGUAAGGGACUUUUUGUUUCCAGAUUACAUCAAUGUUGACAUGAGGGCUGCAGUCUUCACAAUCUACCGUCACUACAGCGAGCGCUACAACAUCCCCAGUCCUGAACUCUUGCAGUUAUUAGAAAAGAGGGAUGAGAUCUUGCAGAAGAAACAACUCACCAAAAAGAAGUUGAACGCUCUCAUGAAUACAAUGACCCCACCUAAGCGUGAUAAGUUCCUCAUCAAUCUUCACGGUUGGAUACACAGCAAGUUGCUGCCUAAACUCAAGGUAGACCCAGAGUACAAGAACUUGUGGAUUGCGAUCGACAAAUCACCGGACGCUGACCCUGUGACUGGGAAGAAGAAGAACAAGGAUGUGAGUUUCCUUUGCCUGUGCUAUCAGACCAUAGAACGGCACAUCCUUAUACACAUGUCAGAGUUUUUUGAGAACCGUGGCUGGACGGUUGGCGCUCUGAUUUACGAUGGACUCCUCGUGCAAAAGGAUAAAGACAAGAUUCUCAAUGAUGCAUUGCUCCGUGAAUGUGAGGAGUCGAUUUACAACCGCCUCAAGAUACGGGUCACACUUGCCGAGAAACCCAGGGAUAUUGAUGAAACCUUUCUCAAGAGAAACCAUCUCGACCUUGAGGAUGUGGACCCGGAUAAUGAUCUUGACGACACUGAUCUCGAUACUGAUCUUGACAACCGUGAUGUGGUGGAUCUGGUGCCAGAUGAUGAACCCUUGAGCCUCGCAAAAUCUGCUAAAAUUUUUGGCAAAGGUACCAAUCUGAAAGGUCUGAUUCGUUAUCUAAACAACUUCUUCACUAAAAUAACAGAAGAAGAUACUGCAUUAUACUGCUAUCGAGAGAAGCGCAGUGAUCCUUGGAUCUGUCGAACAUAUAAAAACACCUCGAGCGCUUUAUCCCAUCUGUUUUUACACUCCAUUGAUAAAAACGGCAAAGGAGUGAUAAUUUCCCUCUUCGACCAGUGGGCAGGCAGCCAAAGAAUUAUCACAUACAAAAAAGUGGUAUUCGAUCCAUCCUACAUCGGUGACAUACCAUUCAAAGAAAUCAACCUCUUCAAGGGCUUCCAGGCAACACUCUUAGAUCAGUAUGACGAAAAGAUAAUCGAACCAGUACUUUCCCACAUUCGCCAAGUUCUUAACGGCAGUGUUGAGGAAUGUUGGCAAUACACAGAAAAGUGGAUGGCAUCAAUUGUGCAGCAUCCUCAGAUCAAAACCGAAGUGGCCCUUGUCUUCCACGGCUCUCAGGGAACAGGGAAGAACUUGUUGAUGGACAAUUUUUUCGGUAGGCUUGUGAUCGGUAUGAAGCACUUUCUGAACACGAACAAUCUCGAUGAUCUUACCGGUCAAUUCACUGGCCAUCUCUCCGCAAAGAUUUUCACGAUUGGAGAUGAAGUUCUGUUUGCCGGUGGUCACAAAACUAACAACAUAUUGAAAUCACGCAUCACGCAGAAUGUGCAAAAGAUGGAAAAGAAGGGAGUUGAUGCAAUUACCAUUGGCGACUUUAACAACUACAGUUUUCUGUCUAAUCACGAUGAUGCUGUGAAGAUCGAAAACACCGACCGUAGGUAUUUUGUGAAACGUGCUUCAGACAUUCAUAAAGGAGACACAGAAUACUUUGCAACAUUUGCGGAAAAGUGUCUGAAUCAAGAGACAGCGGAUCACUUUUACACCUAUCUGAUGCAGAUGGAUCUCACUGGUUUCAACCUUUGUAAAAUACCUGUUACUGAGGAGAAAGCAGAGAUGGCCAUCUACUCGAUGGACCCACUAGAACUCUUUGUGGAUGAUCUACUCAACGGCAACAUCAGCAAAGGUUUCACGUAUGUAGAUGGUGAAAGAACACAGGAAUGGAUGUUGCCAGGUGAAACAUACGAGAUGACCAUGGAUGAGUUGUUUUCACUGUACCAAACAUUUCUACAAUCUGGCGCAGCCGGUAGGAGAUUAGUAGAUAUGUCUAAAAUGGGAUUUAGCAAGAAGAUCAGGCGGAUGGUACAGAUAGCAAACCUAUCACACCACAGGCAUGGAGGGACGCGGAUAGCAGUGAGGAUGUCAAAAGUGAAUUAG